UCUCGCGAUCGUUACAGAGCGAGGGCCUCUCCAAGGAGGAGGUGUACUUCAUGGCGGUUACGGAGACUGCGAAUUUGUUGAAUUGUUAAAGCUUCCCCAUCAUCCUCCCCUCGGGGGCUUUCCUUCCUCAAGUGUGGUGGAUCCAACGAUUAGCAGGUUUGGUAGGGAGGUGAAAUAAUGACGAUGGAGAAUGGACAGGGCACAGGCUCCAAGCUUGGCCUGCCGCCACUCACCCCAGAGCAGCAGGAGGCGCUGCAGAGGGCAAAGAAGUAUGCCAUGGAACAGAGCAUUAAGAGUGUAUUGGUGAAGCAGACCAUUGCCCAUCAGCAACAGCAGCUCACCAAUCUGCAGAUGGCAGCAGUGACUAUGGGCUUUGGAGAUCCUCUCUCACCUUUACAAUCGGUGGCAGCUCAGCGGCAACGUGCUCUAGCCAUCAUGUGUCGAGUGUAUGUGGGCUCCAUUUACUAUGAGCUUGGCGAGGACACCAUCAGACAGGCCUUUGCUCCCUUUGGCCCGAUCAAGAGCAUUGACAUGUCUUGGGAUUCUGUAACAAUGAAGCACAAGGGCUUUGCCUUUGUGGAGUAUGACGUGCCAGAAGCUGCUCAGCUGGCUCUCGAGCAGAUGAACUCCGUCAUGUUGGGUGGGCGAAACAUUAAGGUUGGACGGCCAAGUAACAUCGGUCAGGCGCAACCCAUCAUUGACCAGCUGGCAGAGGAAGCGCGCGCUUUUAACCGCAUCUACGUGGCCUCGGUUCACCCCGACCUGUCUGAUGAUGACAUCAAAAGUGUAUUUGAGGCUUUUGGAAGGAUCAAAUCUUGUACGUUAGCCAGAGACCCCACCUCAGGACGACACAGGGGCUUUGGCUUCAUUGAGUACGAAAAGCCACAGUCGGCCGUCGAUGCGGUGUCUUCUAUGAACCUCUUUGACCUCGGGGGUCAAUACCUUCGGGUGGGCAAAGCGGUGACCCCUCCGAUGCCCCUACUAACCCCCACGACCCCUGGUGGUCUGCCUCCUGCAGCGGCUGUGGCUGCCGCGGCGGCCACUGCCAAGAUAACGGCCCAGGCAAGUAUGAAUCCCUUCCAAAGGGAUUUAAUGGCCUUCCAGGAGGCCGUAGCUGGCGCGUCAGUCCUGGGGGCGUUAGCGGCUCCUCAGCUUCUUAGUCAGCAAAUGGGAAUUCCGCAGGCUGUUAUGGCUGCACAGGCACCCGGGGUCAUCACAGGUGUGACCCCGGUGCGUCCCCCAAUAACAGUGCUUCCCCAGGUGGGCUUGGUGAACCCCGUGCUUGCCUCGCCUCCAGUCCUGUCCAGUCAAGCCGGGGCGGCCAGCCUACAAGAAAAGAAGGAGGAGAAAGAGGAGAUGCUCCAGGACGGCACAGGACAGGAGAUGCUGAGCGAUCAAGAGCACAUGAGCAUCUCGGGCAGCAGUGCCAGACACAUGGUCAUGCAGAAGCUGCUUAGAAAAUCAGAGUCCACAGUAAUGGUUCUUCGAAAUAUGGUCGGACCGGAGGACAUAGACGAUGACCUGGAAGGCGAGGUGACGGAAGAGUGUGGCAAGUUCGGCUCCGUCAACAGAGUCAUCAUCUACCAGGAAAAGCAAGGAGAAGAGGAGGAUGCCGACAUCAUCGUCAAGAUCUUUGUAGAGUUCUCCAUGGCGUCCGAGAUGAACAAAGCUAUUCAAGCCCUCAACGACCGAUGGUUCGGCGGUCGCAAAGUGGUGGCCGAAGUGUACGACCAAGACCGCUUCAACAGCAGCGAUCUCUCCGCAUGAAGUGUCCGCAGUGCCCUCCAUUCCUGUUGCCCAUCCGACUCACUGCAGCUCCUGACUGCAUCUUUGUAAUUAUUUUUUUUAUAUAGCUGUUAACAAUUCAAUAACUCGUUUGGGAUCACCGAAAAACAUUUGCAUUGUGACCUGUGAAGACUCCGAUUUGGUGCAAGCUCCACAUUUUUGUAAUAAAACAUUAGUUUUGUUUUUUUGCUUUUGCUCAUUUACAUUUGUUGCCGGACCUUGUAAACACUGUUUCUUUCUACAAUUAAAGGUUAUUUGUCCACAAAAAUA